CGCGGCGCCGGGUGCUCGGCCAUGUCUGCGGAGAGCGCAGGGCCGGGGUCGGCGCCGCUGUGCCCCGAGCACGGCCAGGCUCUGAGCUGGUUCUGCUGCUCCGAGCGACGGCCCGUGUGCGCCGCCUGCGCGGGGCUGGGCGGCCGCUGCCGGGGGCACCGCAUCCGCCGGGCGGAGGAGCGCGCGGAAGAGCUGCGAAACAAGAUUGUGGACCAGUGUGAGCGGCUGCAGUUCCACAGUGCCAGCAUCGCCAGAUAUGUGGCUGAGGUCCUGCCAGGGAAGAACCAGAGAGCAGUGAGCACGGCCAGCGCGGCGCGGGAACUGGUCAUCCAGAGGCUAGGUGUGGUGAGGAGUCUGUGUGAGAGCGAGGAGCAGCGUUUGCUGGAACAGGUGCAUGGUGAAGAGGAGCGGGCCCACCAGAGCAUCCUGACACAGCGAGUCCACUGGACUGAGGCGCUGCAGAAGCUCAACGCCAUCCGGACCAGCCUGGUGGGCAUGCUCACCCAUCUGGAUGACCUCCAGCUGAUUGUAAGUCAGGCAGGGCAGAAGGAGCAGGAGAUUUUUGAAAGGACCGAGGAAGCAGAGGGUAUUUUGGAUCCCCAGGAGUCGGACAAGUUAAACUUUAAUGAGAAGUGCAUUCGGAGCCCACUACUUACCCAACUCUGGGUGACAGCGGUUCUCGGGUCCCUCUCAGGCACGGAGGACGUGCGUAUCGACGAGAGGACCGUCAGCCCCUUCCUGCAACUGUCAGAUGAUCGAAGGACCCUGACCUUCAAUGCCAAGAAGUCCAAGGCCUGUGCAGAUGCCCCCGAGCGCUUUGACCACUGGCCCAAUGCCCUCGCGGCCACCUCCUUCCAGGCUGGGCUGCACACCUGGAUGGUGAACGUCCAGAACAGUUGUGCCUAUAAGGUGGGCGUGGCCCUGGGCCAGCUGCCCCGCAAGGGCUCCGGCAGUGACUCUCGUCUGGGCCACAACACCUUCUCCUGGGUCUUCUCCCGCUACGACCAGGAGUUCCGUUUCUCCCACGACGGGCAGCACGAGGCCCUGGGGCUGCUGCGCUGCCCCACCCAGCUGGGCGUGCUUCUAGACUUGCAGGCGCAGGAACUGCUCUUCUACGAGCCGGCCUCGGGCACGGUGCUCCACGCCCACCACGUGCCCUUUUCGGGGCCCCUCUUCCCGGUCUUUGCGGUGGCCGACCAGACCAUUUCCAUCAUCCGCUGAUCCGCGACCACUGGGAGCCCUGGUCUGCUCCCCACCACGCGUCCAGGCCAUGUUCCUACCCAGUGUCUCGCCCCCACCCCCGAUGUUGCCUCUGCCCGAUGGGCAGCUUUAGGAGGGUGGGGGAUCCAUUUCAGGUCUGGGUUCAGCUGUGACAUGCUGGGUAUCUGUGGGGAGCCUGCUACCCGCGGGGCCUUAGUCUCCCAAAUCCACCAGGCAUCUGGCCCUCCGAGGGUGUCUUGUUCACCACAUCGUGUCUGGCACCCAGCAUGGUGCCUGGUGCCCGGUUGUGCAAGAAAUACUUGGCGAGCGAACGGGUGGAUGGAAAGGUGCCUGGGUGUGUGUGGUAGACUCUUCUGGAGAAGCACUGCCUUCCAGCCCUGUCCCUGGCUUUGAUUCAGAACUCCUGCGAGGCUGUUCUUGGCCAGAAGACUCUGGCCUGGGGGGGGGCUGUGUCCCCCCACCAGGUCCAGCCUGGCGGCUCAGGAGACUGAGGGGAUCCUGUCUGGAGGUAAUCUGACUGCAACACCCCCAAAACUGCCCCCUCCCCGCAGCUCGUGGCCCCCCCCGACAUAAUGUGGAGACCCGGAGUGAGGGCUUCAAGCCCCAGAGAGCUGAGGGAGUAGGAGGGCCAGACGUAGGGAACACGUCUGUUUAAUUAAAGGUUUUAAAAGA